UAUUUUGCAUAUCUUGUAGUGCUUAUAAAAUAGAAAAAUAAACAUGACAAUGACAGAAGUUGAAAGAACAUCUUUACAUGCAGAAGAUGAUGGGGAAGAAGAUGAUGAUGAACUUCUCACUCCAAGGGAAAAGCAUUCUCGGCUUGACAGUGAGAGUAUUGAUGAUGUAUUUACCAAUGCAUAUCAUAAAUCUUCUUCAAGUGAAUCUAUAUCUCAAAGCAUUUCACCUAAAAAGAGCGGCUCAGAAAACAGUGCAGGAUAUCACGAAACUAAUGUAAAAGGACUGAUCGGUGGACUAAACACAGCUCCAAAUAUGGCAGUAACAACUAGCAGUUCAAUAGUAUUACCAUCUUUUAUCAACGGCGGACAGCACAGCUAUUCACUGGAUGCAUUUGAUCCAUGUAGCAGUUUAACAAAACAAUACCAUAACGCAAGUAGCUUGUUGCAAAAUUUUUCAGCCAGUCGAGCAUACUUUGACAAUGCAGGAAAAUACAUUGAUAAUACUGGGAAGUAUUUUGACAAUAAAUAUUUUACUGGACAGGCAUCUGAUUUUAGUAGUCUCCUAACAAAAAAUUCUGUAUCAACAUCUAGUUACCCAUUUAUUCCCAACAAUAUAUCUGGAUUUGCACCUCCACAAAACAUUAUUGGUUCGAAAUCAUCUUUUCAACAAUUCUCUGCUGGGUUUCAGACAUUAACAACAAGUUCUUUUUCAACGUUAGGUUCAAACAGUUAUUCUUCUGCUUUUAAUGUACCAUAUUUCAAUUCGAAACUUACUACAUCAGACACUGUAAACAACAACUAUUUAUAUCCUGCAAGUUUGUUCAACAACAGCAAGUUGCCACCAUAUACACAAUCUCAAAGUUCAACUCAAAUUUAUCCUCCUUAUGGAAACAAUAGUUUAUUUCAAACAGGUGUUGUUAACUCGCCUUUGUUAGGCUCUACCGUAACAGAACCUGAUAACAAUGUGUCAAAUUAUAACCAAUCACCAAUGUUACACAGUAGUGGGAACAAUACACAAAGUGCAAACACAACUGAAUCAAUUCCAGUUGGAUUACAUUCUCCAACUUCGCCAUUUUCCCCAACAAUUCCGUUGAUGGGUUCUUCAGCUAAUGCAAUGCCAUCAAAUCAAAAUUCUGGUUUUGAUGCACGACUGAAUUACCAAAAUGACUCUGCUUAUAAUAAUGUUUACUGUGAUAUAAAUCAACAACAACAAAAUAUUUCGUACGAUAAUCCUGAAAAGUAUGGACGCAGAAAACAUAAAUUACCACAAAAUGUGAAGAAAGUUACUACAAAGUCCAAAAAGUCUUUACAACUUGAACCUGAUCAUGGUCUAGAAAGAAUCUUCAUUUGGGAUUUAGACGAGACAAUUAUAAUUUUUCAUUCUUUGAUCACUGGAGAGUAUGCUUCCAAAUUUGGAAAGGAUGUCCCUUCCACCGCUUCACUAGGUUUGCGAAUCGAAGAACUUGUUUACCAUAUAGCUGCAUCACAUUUGUUUUUCUCUGAUUUAGAGUACAUGAUAUAUACUUCUGCUCAGGAGUAUAUCCAAAUUCACAUCGAUGAUGUUUCUGCUGAUGACAACGGACAAGAUUUGAGCGACUACAACUUUGAGUCUGAUGGUUUUAAUAGUGGCUCUUCUUCUAACAUGUUACACUUUCCCGCUGCUGGUAGGCGGGGUGUUGAUUGGAUGCGCAAACUAGCUUUCAGAUAUCGACGUGUGAAGGAACUGUACAGCUUGUAUCGCAGCAAUGUUGAUGAAUUUCUUGGAACCAGCAAAAAAGACCAAUGGAUUUCACUGCAGGUUGAGCUGGAACAACUUUCUGAUUCAUGGCACACGUUGGCUAACAAGUGUUUAAGUGCUAUUAAUCGACGAAGUAACUGCGUGAAUAUUUUGGUCUCAUCAAGUCAUCUAAUUCCUACGCUUGCGAAGAGCAUGCUGUAUGGUCUUGGUAGCUUAUUUCCCAUCGAAAAUAUUUAUUCAGCUGCAAAAGUUGGAAAAGAAUCGUGCUUUCAACGUGUGCAAAGUAGAUUUGGUCGAAAGUGUACCUAUGUUGUCGUUGGGAAUGGAAGGGAGGAAGAAGUAUCAAGCAAGCAGCUUGGCUUCCCGUUUUGGAGGAUAACAAACCACGGAGAUUUAAUAAAUUUGCAACAAGCUUUAGAAUUAGGUCACUUAUGAUAAAACAAUGAAGAUUGUUAUUGGUUCAUUAUGUUGAUCAGCAAUUUCAGGUGGCACCGCUUUGGUUUCCUUGUGAAGACAAGAAUAUAUUAUUUUAAAAAUGAUAGACGAGUUGUUUUUUUACUCUAUGAUAAUAAUUUUAGUUUGAGAAUCUGUAUUCUUUAGUUUUUAACAUCUUAUAGAGAGUUUAUAAAGUACUUCAUCCUGCUCUUAUUAUUGCUUCUUAUUCGACAUGACAUUGAAAUAGUAAAUAGUAUAUUUUGUAUAUUGGAGAUAAUGAUUAUAUUAUAAAUUUUUUGAUUUGUUUGUUUGUUUAUUUUUUUGUUUAUUAAUCAUACGAAUGUUUUUCAUGUUAUCAUGGAAACAUAUACACAAUUGUGUCUAAAGGAUAAUUUAAAAAUUUUUUUUUUAUUACAGAUAUAUGAAUUAUAUGGAACUUUUAUAUCAGAUACGCAUUUUUAUAAAGAUAGAUUACUGUAUAUUUUUUUAAUAUCUCUUUUGCGAAUGUAGAACGAGUUGAACGAAUGUCAUAAAUGAGCUGUUCUGAAAAUUUUAAACAUUUUACUAUAUUAGAGAAGCAUUAUCCGUAUCUAGGUUAUUAGGUUGUUCCUUGGAUGAGUAAAAAACAGUUUUUCUUUCCUCCGAAGUUUAUUUUAGUAACGUGCUUUAGUGAAAAUUGAAGGAAAGUUGAAACCUUAGGUAAAAGCUUCGUAAAUUUGAACUAGAGGCCAGUAUUGAUUGGUGGAGAUUUUCAAGAAUAAUGUUGUAGCUAAGAGUAACACUUGACAGAGGUAUCCACUCUGUCAGGAAAGUGAAGAAUUGUCGGAAAUUUUCAACAUUGUUAAAGGGUCUACAAAACGAGCUAUUGAUUUUUUACUUCAGUGACUUACACAAAAGUCUUUUGGCAGGAAAAAUCUUUACGAGCAAUGAAAACUUCUUAAAUCUUCAGGGAUGUCAUAUUGACGCCUAAAUAUAACUGCAAACGACAAAAAGUACUAUACAAAUAUUCAAUAUCCAUAAGCCUUGCUUUUAAAUCAAGUGUUGUGGUCAAAGAAACUUUCAACUUCUUUUACCAUCGCAUAUAUAACUAGUCAAAUCAACAACAAUGAUUUUAAAAUAUUGUUAGAGGUAUUAAUUACCUUCUGAAGGCUAUCAUAUUUAAAUCUACAUUUAUCUACAUGUCAGGAAUUCUAGUUAAAAUAACUAGAAUUCCUGACAUGUAGAUAAAAUAUAGGAAAAAUAAAGAGUUAACAUUAAGUGGACAGCCUGGAUGUUUAAAAUGUUGAUUUUUUUGUCAUCGCCAGGUUAAAUUCACCCACAGUGAUAAUAAUUGAUAAAUAACAAGAUAAUGAAGAACGUUUUUUAGGUACAAUAAUAUACAAUAUAUAUAUUAUAUGUAUAUGGUAUUAUAUUUAGUACUUCGAUAUAUUUUUCGUUUCUGAUGAGAAGUAACUCGUUCUACUUUUUACUUUUUUAUAUUCGAAUGAUUUCUAACUGUAAGAAUAUUUUUUUAUAAGCAUAGGAGCUUUAUAAAAAGAGAAAAUAUAUGUAAAUGUUAGGUAA